AUGGCGUCCACAGUCUCCUCCGUAAGCCCAAUGCAAGCCAGCAUCGAAGCAGCAGCCGACAACCUAUCCUUCGAACAGGGCCGUCUCCUUGUCCCCCCCGAGACCUGCCUCUCCACCCUACUCAAACAGAUCCUCGUCCAAUUCACCAACACCUACGCCCUCCCGGAUAGCAGUCAUGCCCUCCUCUCCCAGCCCUCCAGCCUCGACCGUAUCCUCAACUCCAUCUUCGACACCUCCUGUCUCGCCUUCGUGACCGAGAAGGAAUUCCGCAUCGAGGCUGGGCUAGACGAUCACGACAAGGUGACGCUGUUCGUCCAAGCUGUUGCGGGGAUGGCCAUGGUUUUUGAGCGGCUCUUGCGUGCUUGUUCUUCUUCUGCAGCUUUCGCAAACUCUGGCUCAGGAGACUUGACGACCAGUCUCCUCUCCAGGGAACUCCAGCUCUUUGCCGAGAGCGAGCAGCGCAGAACGAUGCUGGAUCGUAUCGGCGCGACGUCCUUGCUGAGCCAUUGCUAUACUAAGGACGAGCUGGUCAGCUUCGUGGUGGCAAUGGUGGAGGAUCCGGAUCGGGCGUCCCAGCAGGGCGGGAGUAGUCUGCUUUCGCUGAAUGCGGUGGGCGAGGAUUUGUCGAGUGAUAGUGUGGCGUGGGUUAGUGGCCGAAGUUGUAAGAAUAUGGGGCUGCCGUGGGGGUUCACAAUUAUGGCGCUGAACUGA